AUGACCUAUCGAGAUAUUAGCCAUCUAUGCGAGAUGGCUCGAGUUCUCUCGUAUCCACGUUUAAUUUCAAUGGAAAAUUUUCGUCAACCCAAUUUUCGUCUCGUUGCUGAAAUAAUGACUUGGCUUGUUAAACAAUAUGAUUCAUUAGCUGAUGUUCCAAGUGAUAUUGAAGGUGAACAUGAUCGUGUUAUAUUUAUUCGUAGUAUAACUCAAAUAAUUGCUACUAAAGCACAUUUGAAAUUAAAUACUAAAAAACUUUAUCAAGCUGAUGGUCAUGCUGUAAAAGAAAUUCUUAAAGUUAUAACACCACUUUAUAAAGCAUUACGUGAUAGUGAAAAUAAAGAAUUAGAUGAAGAAGAUGAUAUUGAUACUCAUUAUCGUUAUGCUAUGAAUGAUGAUAUUAGUACACUUAAAAGUGCUCGUCAACUUUGUUCGACUAUAACACAAAAAGGUGCUAAUUUACAUGAAUUAUUAGGAAAAGAACUUGAUGCACGAGAAGCACGCCAAGAAGUUAUGAGUCGAGCUAUGGAAUUAUCCGAAGUUCAAGAGGGUAUACGUGAAGCUGAAAAUGCUGCUAAACGUGAAUUAGUAAAAUAUCAAAAAUUAAUCGAUAAUGUUCAAACAGAUGAAAUAGCACUUGACGAAAAAAUAGCUAAACGUUUAGAAGAAAAAGAUCGUCAUCAACGACGACUUGAUAUGUUGAAGAGUGUUAGGUAA